CCGCCAACCAUCAAUCUGGAAACGCAACAAGAUGGCACCGACUGCAGGGACGAUCCUUCGUUUAAAGAAGGCGGGCGCCAAGCCCAAGAAGAAGACCCUGUCGCUCAAGAACAAGCUGCGCAAUCUUGAGCGCCUUCUGAAGAAGGACACGCUGCCCGAGGACAUUCGCACAGCCAAGACGCAGGAGCUCGCCGACCUCCAAGCGCAGGUGGAAACCAAGCUGCAGCAAGAGACUGAGCGCGAAAUCUCGCUCAAGUACAGAAAAGUCAAGUUCUUUGACCGGCGACGCGUCAUGCGCACGCUGAAAAAACUGAAGGCGCAGAUCACGGCUACACGGACCAAGGCGUUGGAGGAAGCUUACGAGGCUGCGAAGAAAGACAUGAUGUACAUUUUUUACUACCCCAAGGGCGAAAAAUACAUCAACCUCUUCGCCGAGAAGACCAAAAAACAGCAUUCUGACGACGAACUUGCUCGGCAAGGUGAGUUGAAGGAGGCGGCGAUCAAAGCGUACAAGGCACAGAAGUCACACGCCGAUUUCGACAACUACUGCUUCUGCGACGCAAAGGAGUCGUCAGCGGCAGAAUCCGACGAAGAGAACGCGAAGGAUGAGGACAACGAUGACGACACUGCGGCGUCCAAGAAGAUGAAGCAGCCAAAGCGCAAGCUGGCUGAAGCCAAGCACAAGAGCAAGCGCCGCAAGCAGCACGAAACCAACGUCCAGGUUGUUGCCGACACUGAGGGCAACGUGGCCACUGGUGAUGACGAUGAUUUUUUCAUGUAAACGAUAUCGCCAAUCGUACCAACUAUAAUGGAUUGCAUUGCCAUGAAAAGAAAGUAGCGUCAUCACUCAUUCACACCGCCAACGCA